CUUUUACGGCGCCGUAAAGCACCUCGGCGGAACCGACGGCCGCGGCUGCAGGUGGCCCCGAGAGCGGGCAUGAAGCUGCUUUGCUGAGACAGUGGCUUGGAGCGCCAGGGUUGGGGUGGCUUCCAGCUCCGCCUUCCGGUCCCCUGGUGUCCCCCUGUCCGCCCAGGGGGGCCGCGGCGGCAUGGAGGCGCGCUUCACGCGCGGGAAGUCGGCGCUGCUGGAGCGCGCGCUGGCGCGGCCGCGCACCGAGGUGAGCCUGAGCGCCUUCGCGCUGCUCUUCUCCGAGCUGGUGCAGCACUGCCAGAGCCGCGUCUUCUCGGUGGCCGAGCUGCAGGCGCGCCUGGCCGCCCUGGGCCGCCAGGUGGGCGCGCGCGUGCUGGACGCGCUGGUGGCGCGCGAGAAGGGCGCGCGGCGCGAGACCAAGGUGCUGGGCGCGCUGCUGUUCGUGAAGGGCGCCGUGUGGAAGGCGCUGUUCGGGAAGGAGGCCGACAAGCUGGAGCAGGCCAACGACGACGCGCGCACCUUCUACAUCAUCGAGCGCGAGCCGCUCAUCAACACCUACAUCUCGGUGCCCAAGGAGAACAGCACGCUCAACUGCGCCAGCUUCACGGCGGGCAUCGUGGAGGCCGUGCUCACGCACAGCGGCUUCCCCGCCAAGGUCACGGCGCACUGGCACAAGGGCACCACGCUCAUGAUCAAGUUCGAGGAGGCGGUCAUCGCCCGCGACCGGGCCCUGGAAGGCCGCUGACCGGCAGGGAGAUAAAGGAUGCAGACCA